AUGGGAGGAGAAGUUUCUCUGGCCAAGACCACUGGCUCGGUACCGAUGACAGAAAUUGAGUUCGUCCACACCGCGACUGCGCCGUUGUCUCGCUGCGUCGUUGCGUCAGUUACUGGCGAUCGAGCCGUGGUUGAAGACCUGUUUUCCCCAGACAUGAUCAUGAUGGCCACAUGGGAACGGCUUCCUUUGGUCGCCAAGGCUUGGCACUGGUGUUGGUCCAAGAUGCCUCUGAAGAACCUCUUCCAGAGGAAACCGGAAGAUGUGUAUGGCAACACAGAUCUACCUCGAGAGUCCACGUCGACAGCAGAGCGGGAGAAAGCCGCCCACGAUGUAGUCGACACGCCCAUUCCCCUUCUGACAUGGCGAUCCUUCUUGAUGGGAGUUUUCAUCUCCAUGGGUGGUUUCUUGUUCGGUUACGAUACUGGCCAGAUCUCGGGUUUCCUCGAAAUGGAAGACUUCUUGAGGCGGUUUGGCGAGCUCAAUUCGAACGGGACUUAUUCUUUCAGUAAUGUUCGCUCGGGUCUCAUUGUUGCUCUGCUGUCGAUUGGUACUCUGAUCGGUGCUCUUGUCGCCGGGUACAUUGCUGAUCGGAUCGGUCGAAAAUGGUCCAUCAGUGGCUGGUCCGCCAUUGUCUGUGUCGGCAUCACGGUGCAAAUCACUUCGCCUUCUGGGAAAUGGUAUCAAGUCGCUCUUGGUCGCUGGGUGGCAGGCCUGGGCGUUGGAGGUCUGUCGUUGCUCGUACCCAUGUACCAGGCCGAAUCUGGCCCAAGACACAUUCGAGGUGCUCUCAUCAGUACAUACCAACUUUUCAUCACCCUGGGCAUCUUCGUCGCCAAUUGUAUCAACUUUGGUACCGAAAGUAUGACCACCACGGCCUCGUGGCGCAUCCCGAUGGGAAUUACAUAUCUCUGGGCUCUCAUUCUUGGUCUCGGCAUGGCCUUCUUCCCCGAGAGUCCUCGCUACGACUACCGCCACGGUAAAGUCGACAAGGCCAUCGGGACGCUUUCUAAAAUCUACGGAGUCCCCCGCAACCACCGUGCCCUCCAUAUCGAAUUUGAGGAGAUCAAGCAAAAAUAUGAUGAGGAGGUUCGCAAUGGCCAGGCAUCCUGGAUACAAAUGUUCCGCGCUCCGACUAUGUCUCGUCGUGUGGCGAUCGGUGUCACCCUCCAGGCCCUUCAGCAACUGACCGGUGCCAACUACUUCUUCUACUACGGAACCACCGUCUUCCAAGGUGCCGGCAUCAAAAACAGCUACGUCACUCAGAUGAUUCUCGGUGGUGUAAACUUUGGUACUACCUUCCUUGGCUUGUAUCUCAUUGAGCAUUACGGUCGUCGUAGGUCUCUUAUCGCGGGCGCGUUGUGGAUGUUUGUCUGCUUCAUGAUCUUUGCCUCUGUUGGGCACUUCUCGCUCGACCAAGCCAAUCCCGAAAACACCAAGACGGCGGGUGUCGUCAUGGUCGUCUUCGCUUGUCUCUUCAUCCUCGGCUUUGCUAGUACCUGGGGUCCGAUGGUGUGGGCAAUCAUUGCUGAGUUGUUCCCUUCGCAGUACCGCGCUCGCGGUAUGUCCCUAUGCACAGCCUCAAACUGGCUCUGGAACUUCCUUCUCGCGUUCUUCACGCCUUUCAUCACCAGUGCUAUUGAUUUCCGAUACGGCUAUGUGUUCGCUGGUUGUUUGUUCCUCGCCGCUGGCACAGUUUACUUUGGUGUCAUUGAGGGCCAGGGACGAACCCUCGAGGAGAUUGACACGAUGUAUCUCAUGAAGGUGAAGCCGUGGAAGAGUUCCAAGUUUGAGUUCCCGGCAGAGGCGAGCGUCAUGCGCGGCUCCUUUGACAAGGGUCAGCAGAGGGCGUCACACAUCGAUGGUCCCGGCGCUAACACCAGCAGUGGCAAUGGUGUGUUAGAGUCCGGAGGUGAACCCGUUGCCACUGCGGCUGGACAACACAAUGAGCUCUAG